GGCGUGCGGCGGUCUCCACACUCAGCGACCCCCCCCCGCCACCACCACCACCACACAAACACCGCAGGGCUUGACAAGUCACGACCAUGGGCGCGGAGGGCGACGGCGAGGAUGAGAUUCAGUUUCUGCGGACGGAGGAUGAGGUCGUGCUGCAGAGCACGGCCAACAUACAGAAGGAGCAGCUCAAGUUCUGCUUGGCCGCCGAGGGUUUUGGGAAUCGUCUCUGCUUCCUCGAGUCCAUCUCCAAUGCCAAGAAUGUUCCUCCUGACCUUUCCAUCUGCAAGUUUGUGCUGGAACAGUCGCUGUCCGUGCGAGCACUGCAGGAGAUGUUGGCCAACACCGAGGAGAAGGCAGAGGGGCCGGUUGACAUGGAGAAAUGGAAAUUCAUGAUGAAGACGGCGCUGGGUGGUGGUCACCGCACGCUGCUCUACGGUCACGCCAUCAUCCUCCGGCAUGCCCACAGCGGAAUGUACCUGAGCUGCCUACGGACAUCCCACUCAUCAUCAGACAAGCUGGCCUUUGACGUUGGUCUUCAGGAAGAUACCACAGGCGAGGCUUGCUGGUGGACCAUUCACCCUGCGUCCAAGCAGCGCUCCGAGGGCGAGAAGGUCAGAGUUGGAGAUGACCUCAUCCUGGUCAGCAUCUCCUCGGAGAGAUACCUGCAUCUCUCGCACGCCAACGGCAGUCUCCACGUGGAUGCCUCCUUCCAGCAAACACUGUGGAACGUGUCUCCUGUGUGCUCUGGGAGUGAGAUGGCCCAAGGCUACCUGAUUGGAGGCGAUGUGCUGAGGUUAUUCCACGGCCACGAUGAGUGCGUGACGGUGCCUCCGGCCGACCGUGGGGAUGAGCAUCGACGUUCGGUGCAUUACGAAGGCGGGGCUGUGUGCAGCCAUGCCCGCUCUUUGUGGAGACUGGAGACCCUCCGAGUCAGCUGGAGCGGUAACCACCUGCACUGGGGCCAGCCAUUCCGCCUACGCCACGUGACCACGGGCAAGUACCUGGCGCUCACCGAGGAGCGGGUGCUGCUGCUCGUGGACCGUGGCUGCGCCGACGUCAAGACCAGUGCCUUCAGCAUGCGCUCCUCCAAGGACAAGCUGGACUCGGGUCCCCGGAGAGACAUAGACGGCAUGGGCUCUCCAGAGAUCAAGUACGGCGACUCGGUGUGCUACAUGCAGCAUGUGGAGAGCGGGCGGUGGCUCACCUACCAGGCAGCCGAUGCCAAGACCGCACGCAUGGGCUCGUACACGCGCAAGGCCAUCAUGCACCAGGAGGGCCACAUGGACGAUGGGUUGACAUUGUCCCGCUCUCGGCACGAGGAGUCGCGCACGGCCCGCGUAAUCCGAUGCACCACCAACCUCUUCAAUGGCUUCAUCAGUGGGCUGGAUGCUCUGCAGUCCGCAGGGCGUGGGGCAGGCGUGGAGCUGCCCAUCGAGGGGGUCAAGCUGAGCCUGCAGGACCUCAUCCUCUACUUCCAGCCGCCCAAAGAUGACCUGGAGCAUGAAGAGCAGCAGAACCAUCUGCGCGCGCUCAAGAACCGGCAGAAUCUCUUCCAGGAGGAGGGCAUGAUCACGCUGGUGCUGGACUGCAUCGACCGGCUCAGCGUGUACAGCAGUGCCGCGUACUUUGCGGACGUGGCUGGGGAGGAGGCCGGGGAGGCGUGGAAGGAGAUCCUAAACACGCUCUACGAACUGCUCGCUGCCCUGAUUCGUGGGAAUCACAGGAACUGCGCCCAGUUUUCCAGCUCCCUGGACUGGCUGGUUAGUCGUCUGGAGAGACUGGAAGCCUCAUCAGGCAUUCUGGAGGUGCUUCACUGUGUCCUCAUCGAGAGCCCCGAGGCGCUGAACAUCAUCAAGGAGGCUCACAUCACCUCCAUCAUCUCCCUCCUGGACAAGCACGGACGCAACCAUAAGGUUCUGGAUGUGCUGUGCUCACUCUGCGAGUGUAACGGCGUGGCAGUCAGGGCCAACCAAAACCUUAUCUGUGACAACCUGCUGCCUGGACGAGACCUCCUGCUACAGACCCGACUUGUGAACAACGUUACCAGCAUGCGCCCCAACAUUUACCUGGGGGUGAGCGAGGGCUCGGCUCAGUACCGCAAGUGGUACUACGAGCUGAUAGUGGACAGCGUGGAGCCCUACGUGACGGCGGCGCCCACACACCUGCGCGUCGGCUGGGCCAACGGGGAGGGUUACGCCCCGUACCCGGGUGGUGGAGAGGGUUGGGGCGGCAACGGCGUCGGGGACGACCUCUACUCCUACGGCUUCGACGGCCUGCACCUGUGGUCAGGGCGCAUCGCACGCGCGGUCGGCUCGCCCAACCGGCACGUCCUGAGCGCGGACGACGUGGUGAGCUGCCUUCUGGACCUCAACAUUCCCAGCAUUUCCUUCCGCAUCAAUGGGCAGCCCGUGCAGGGCAUGUUCGAGAAUUUCAACACGGACGGCCUCUUCUUUCCCGUGGUCAGCUUCUCCGCGGGUGUCAGUGUGCGGUUCCUGCUGGGGGGCCGUCACGGCGAGUUCAAGUUCCUCCCUCCCGCGGGUUAUGCCCCCUGCUUCGAGGCGCUGCUGCCCAAGGACCGCAUGCGCGUGGAGCACGUCAAGGUGUACAAGCACGACCACGACGGCACGCGCGACCUGCUGGGGCCCACCGUGUCGCUCAAGCAGUCCGCCUUCACGCCCGUGCCAGUCGACACCAGCCAGAUUGCGCUGCUGCCUCAUCUUGAGCGCGUUCGGAACAAGCUGGCUGAGAACAUCCACGAGCUGUGGGCCAUGAACAAGAUCGAGAUGGGCUGGACGUACGGCACGGUCCGUGAUGAUAACAAGAGGCAGCAUCCAUGUCUGGUGGACUUCCACAAACUCCCUGAGCAGGAACGCAACUACAAUCUACAGAUGUCCAGUGAAACUCUCAAGACACUCCUCGCCCUAGGAUGCCACGUGGGAAUUGCAGACGAGCAAGCCGAAGCAACCCUGAAACGUUUCAAGCUCCCCAGGAACUACCUGAUGUCCAGCAACUACAAGCCGUCUCCUCUGGACCUCACCAACACCAAGCUGAACCCGACCCAGGAGGCCCUCGUGGACCGCCUGGCGGAGAACGCGCACAAUGUGUGGGCGCGAGACCGCAUUCGGCAGGGCUGGACCUACGGCAUCCAGCAGGACAUCAAAAACCGACGGAACCCGCGGCUCGUGCCGUACGCCCUUCUGGACGAGAGGACCAAGAAGUCGAAUCGGGACAGCCUGCGCGAGGCUGUGCGCACGCUGCUGGGCUACGGGUACCACAUCGAGGCACCAGACCAAGACCCAGCUACCCGGGUUGACGUCCACGGCGUCCACAAGCGGCAGUUCCGCACGGAGCGCUUCUACGCGGUGCGCACGGGCAAGUGGUACUUCGAGUUUGAGCUGGUGACGGCCGGGGACAUGCGAGUGGGCUGGGCCCGGCCCGGGUGCCGGCCCGACGUCGCCCUGGGCUCCGAUGACCAGGCCUUCGUCUUCGACGGCCUCAAGUCCCAGAAGUGGCACCAGGGAGGCGAGCACUUUGGGCGAGCGUGGCAGCCGGGCGAUGUGGUGGGCUGCCUCGUGGACCUGAACGACCGCAUCAUGAUGUUCACCCUCAACGGCGAGAUCAUGCUGGACGACUCGGGCUCCGAGUUUGCCUUCAGCGAGCUGGACAUCGGCGAGGGCUUCAUGCCCAUAUGCAGCCUGGGCCUGUCGCAGGUGGGACGCCUGAACUUUGGGAAGGACGCCACCAAGCUGAAGUACUUCCCCAUCUGCGGGCUGCAGGAGGGCUACGAGCCCUUCGCAGUGUACAUGAACCGAGACAUCACGCUGUGGUACAGCAAGCGGCUGGCGCAGUUCAUGCCCGUCAUGGCUGACGACGAUCAUUUUGAGGUGACGCGCAUAGACGGCACCAUCGACAGCCCGCCGUGCCUCAAGGUGUCGCACAAGACGUUCGGCUCGCAGCACAGCAACACGGACCUGGCCUUCUUCCGCCUGAGCAUGCCCGUGGAGUGCGAGGAGAGCUUCGGGCGGCGGAGCCUGCCGGCGCCAUCGCCGUCCACGCUGGGCGGCGGCGGCGACGACGACGCCGGGUCGGAGUUCGAGGUGCUGCGGCGCUCCGUGCAGGGCACGCCGCUCACGGGCUCCCGCGGCGAUUCGCGCGCCAACUCGCGGGCCGAUCAGCGGCGGGGCGAGCGCGAGGAGGAGGAGGCGGCGGCGGACGACCGGACCAAGCACGAGGCCAACAACCACAAGGACUAUGCCCAGGAGAAGCUGCUGCUGCUGCAGCCCAAGCACAGGGCCUCCCAGCCGCUACGGCCGCCCUCGCGGGCGACGGGAGAGACGCUGCCAGCCGAUCGCGACGAGCUCGAGGCCCUUCUGCAGUCCACCGUGUACUACUACUCGGUGCGGAUCUUCCCGGGCCAGGAGCAGGCCACCGUGUGGGUGGGCUGGGUGACGCCCGACUUCCACCAGUACGACAGCUCGUUCGACCUGGACCAAGUGCGCACGGUCACCAUCACGCUCGGCGACGACAAGGGCAAGGUUCACGAGAGCAUCAAGCGCAGCAACUGCUUCAUGGUGUGGGCAGGGGACGUGCCCGCAGCCGAGCAGAGCCGCAACAACAGCGGGCUGGAGAUCGGCUGCCUGGUCGACGUGGCAAACGGCGUGUUGUCCUUCACGGCCAACGGCAAGGAGAUGCACACCUUCUACCAGGUGGAGCCGAGCACCAAGUUGUUCCCGGCUGCCUUUGUUCAACCGACCAGCCCCGGCAUGUUCCAGUUCGAGCUCAGCCGAUUCAAGAACACGUUGCCUCUGUCGGCGGCGCUGUUCAAGAGCGAGCGGCGGAACCCCGUGCCGCAGUGCCCCCCGCGCCUGGUGGUGCAGCAGAUCAAGCCCGUGCUGUGGAGCCGCGUGCCCAACCUCUUCCUCAAGGUGGAGACGGGGCGCGUGAGUGAGCGCCACGGCUGGAAGGUGCAGUGCACCGAGCCGCUCGUCUUCAUGGCUCUGCGGAUUCCGGAAGAGAACAGGUGCAUGGACAUCCUGGAGUUGUCCGAGCGGAGGGACCUGCGCAAGUUCCACGCGCACACGCUCAAGCUCUACUCGGCCGUGUGCGCCCUGGGCAACAACCGCGUGGCGCACGCGCUCUGCAGCCACGUGGACCAGGCGCAGCUGCUCUUCGCCAUCGAGAACCAGUACCUGCCGGGCCUGCUGCGCAGUGGCUACUACCAGCUGCUCAUCAGCCUGCACUUGCAGGCGUGCAGCACGGCGCGCCUCAUGACCAACCGCGAGUUCAUCGUGCCCAUGACGGACGAGACGAGGCGCAUCACGCUCUUCCCCGACGAGAGCAAGCGACACGGGCUGCCCGGCGUGGGCCUCAGCACGAGCCUGCGCCCGCGCAUGCGCGUCUCGUCCGUGGGCUUCCUGUCGCGCUCGCUCGACGGCGCGCAGUUCAGCCCCGACUUCCCGCUCGAGGUGCUCAAGGAGAAGGCCAUCGGCAUGCUGUCGGAGGCGGUGCGCGAGGGCGUGUGCCAACCACGCGACCCCGUGGGCGGCAGCACGGAGCACCUGUUCGUGCCGCUCAUCAAGCUGGUGCACACGCUGCUCACCAUGGGUGUGUUCGGAAACGAGGACGUCAAGCGCAUCCUCAUGCUCGUCGAUCCCAGCGUGUUCGCCUGCCAGGGCGGCGGCGGCGGCGGCAGGGAGGACCGCGCCAGCGACAGGCGGGCGCCGCUCGCCAUCGCCAACGGCGGCAGGGAUGAGCGUCGCAGAGCCGAGGUCGCCGGCGAGGAGGGGGAGCUGGCGGUCCAGCAGCAGCAGCAGCCACAGCAGCAGGAUGAGGAGCCAGUGGAGGGGCUGCUGCAGAUGAAGCUGGAGGAGCCCGUGAAGCUGCAGAUGUGCCACCUGCUGCAGUUCCUGUGCGACUGCCAGCUGCGGCACCGCAUCGAGGCGCUGGUGGCCUUCUCGGACGGCUUCGUCAUCAAGAUGCAGGAGAACCAGAAGUUCCGCUACAACGAGGUCAUGCAAGCGCUCAAUAUGUCCGCCGCGCUCACCGCGCGCAAGACCAAGGAGUUCCGCUCCCCUCCCCAGGAGCAGAUUAACACGCUGCUCAACUUCAAGAACGGAGAGAGCGAGGAGGAGUGCCCAUGCCCCGAUGAUGCCCGAGAACUUUUGCUCGACUUCCAUGACGACCUGCUGCUGCACUGUGGGGUGGAGCUGGAGGAUGAGGAGGAGCAGGAGGACGACCAGGACGCCUCGCUCUCGGGCCGCCUCAUGGCGCUGGUGGAGCGCGUCAAGAACCUGCGGAGAAAAGACGGAAACGCUCAAGCGGAGGAGGACGAUUCCAAGCCCAACUGCCUGCAGCAGCUCAUCUCGGGGACGCUGGUGCGCUGGGCGCAGGAGUCGCACGUGGCCGACCCGGCGCUCGUCACGGCCAUGUUCACGCUGCUCCACCGGCAGUACGACGGCGUGGGCGAGCUGGUGCGCGCCCUGCCGCGCGCCUACACCAUCAGCGCCGCCUCCGUCGAGGACACCAUCACCCUGCUGGCGGCGCUCACGCAGAUCCGCUCGCUGCUCAGCGUGCGCAUGGGCCGCGAGGAGGAGAAGCUCAUGAUACGCGGCCUAGGGGACAUCAUGAACAACAAGGUAUUCUACCAGCACCCCAACCUCAUGAGAGCGCUGGGCAUGCACGAGACGGUCAUGGAGGUCAUGGUGAACGUGCUGGGUGGGGGAAAGUCCAAGGAGAUCGCGUUCCCCAAGAUGGUGGCCAACUGCUGCCGCUUCUUGUGCUACUUCUGCCGCAUCAGCCGGCAGAACCAGCGAGCCAUGUUCGAGCACCUCGGCUACCUCCUGGAGAACAGCAGCGUCGGCCUCGCCUCCCCGUCGAUGCGCGGCUCCACGCCGCUGGACGUGGCCGCCGCCUCCGUCAUGGACAACAACGAGCUGGCGCUGGCGCUCCGCGAGCCCGAGCUGGAGAAGGUGGGCCGCUACCUGGCACGCUGUGGCUUGCAGAGCUGCCCAAUGCUCCUGACCCGUGGCUACCCCGACAUCGGUUGGAAUCCCGUGGAGGGGGAGCGGUACCUCGACUUCCUCCGAUUCACCGUCUUUGUCAACGGCGAGAGCGUGGAGGAAAACGCCAACGUGGUGGUGCGGCUGCUUAUCCGGCGGCCCGAGUGCUUUGGGCCGGCGCUGCGCGGAGAGGGUGGCCAGGGCUUGCUGGGCGCAAUGAAGGAGGCCAUCACCAUCUCCGAGGACCCUGACCGGGACGGCCCAUCUGCCUGCACCGACACGGCGCGACGACCCAUAUUACUCCAGGACUGGAAUGAUGAAUCGCAAAUAAACAGCUUUACGUGGGGGGAAGACGAGGAAGAGGAUGAAGAGGCCGUCCACAUGGGCAAUGCCAUCAUGACGUUCUACGCAGCGCUCAUCGACCUGCUGGGCCGAUGUGCGCCCGAGACGCACCUCAUCCUCACCGGCAAGGGUGAGGCAAUCCGCAUCCGCUCCAUCCUGCGCUCGCUCGUCCCUGUCGGGGACCUGGAAGGGGUCAUCAGCAUCCCCUUCAAGAUGCCAACCAUUGACAAAGAUGGAAUGGUGAUGGAGCCGGACAUGUCGGCGGGAUUCUGCCCAGACCACAAGGCGGCCAUGGUGCUCUUCCUGGAGCGCGUGUACGGCAUCGAGACGCAGGACUUCCUGCUGCACAUGCUGGAGGUCGGCUUCCUGCCCGACCUGCGCGCGGCUGCCGCUCUCGACACCCUGGCUCUCUCCGCCACCGACAUGGCCCUGGCGCUCAACCGGUACCUGUGCUCCGCCGUGCUGCCCGUGCUGACGCGAUGCGCGUCGCUGUUUGCCGGCACGGAGCACCACUCCUCGCUCAUCGACUCCAUGCUGCACACCAUCUACCGCAUCUCCAAGGGCCGCUCGCUCACCAAGGCGCAGCGCGACGCCAUCGAGGAGUGCCUCAUCGCCGUUUGCGGGCAACUACGCCCAUCCAUGAUGCAGCACCUGCUGCGCCGCUUUGUGUUCGACGUGCCGCUGCUCAACCAAAACUCCAAGAUGCCACUGAAGGUGCUGACCAAUCACUUCGAGCGUUGCUGGAAGUACUAUUGCCUGGCGAGUGGCUGGGGCAGCUACGGGGCAGCGUCGGAGGAGGAGCUGCAUCUCACACGCAAGCUCUUCUGGGGCGUGUUCAACGCGCUGUCCAAGAAGCCUUACGAGCAGGAGCUGUUCAAGCUGGCGCUGCCAUGCCUGGGCGCCAUCUCCGGCGCCUUGCCCCCCGACUACAUGGAGUCGAGCCGCAUGGUCGCGAUGGACAGCCAGUCCUCGCUGGACGCCGAGGGCAACUUCAAGCCGCAGCCCAUCGACACGUCUAGCAUCACCAUCCCGGAGAAAUUGGAUUUUUUCAUCAACAAGUAUGCAGAGCACGUCCAUGACCGCUGGUCGAUGGAAAAGUAUGCAGAAGGGUGGUCAUAUGGCGAGGUCCUCAAUGGAGAAAGCAAAAGUCACCCCCUCCUCAAGCCAUUCAAACUCUUUUCUGACAAGGAGAAGGAGGUCUACCAGCUGCCGGUGAAGGAGUCCCUGAAGACCAUGCUGAUGCUGGGCUGGGCGAUCGAGAGGACACGAGACGGAGGGGCGGCCGCCAUGCAUGCAAAGCCGCAGCGCCUCCCGCACUCCAGCAGCCAAAGCUCAUUUGAAUCUCCCCACGGCUUCACGCCACGACCCCUGGACAUGACCAACGUAACACUCCCUCGGGAUCUGCAGAACAUGUCAGAGACUCUGGCUGAAAAUUACCACAACACUUGGGCAAGUAAGAAGAAGAUAGAAAUUGAAGCCAAAGGGGGUGGCACCCAUCCCCUGCUGGUUCCCUACGACACACUGACUGCCAAGGAGAAAUCCAAGGACCUGGAGAAAGCUGAGGAACUUCUCAAGUUCUUGCAGAUCAACGGAUACGCUGUCUCCAGAGGUGCCAAGGACAUGGAGAUGGACGCCUCGUCCAUCGAGAAGCGCUUUGCGUAUGGACUGCUACAGCAGCUCAUCAGCUACGUGGAGAGCGCCCACGGCUACAUCACGCAGCUCGAUUUCGCCAUGACCAAGAGGAAGGAAGAGAGAUCAUCGAACAAGUAUCCCCACGAGCAGGAAAUUAAAUUCUUUGCCAAGGUGGUGCUGCCCCUGAUAGAUCAGUACUUCCAGAACCACAGGCAGUACUUCCUGUCGACGCCCAGCAGCCUGCUGAGCAGCGGAGGCCACGCCUCCAACAAGGAGAAGGAGAUGGUCACCAGCCUCUUCUGCAAAUUGGCCGUUCUUGUCCGGCAUAGGAUUUCUCUCUUUGGGAGCGACGCCACUGCCAUGGUGAACUGCCUACACAUCUUGGCCGGAUCGCUUGACUGCAGAACGGUGAUGAAGGUGGGGCCCGACAGCGUGAAAGCAGCGCUGCGCGCGUUCUUCGAGAGCGCCGCCGAAGACCUGGAGAAGACGAUGGAGAACCUGAAGCAGGGCCGCUUCACGCACUCGCGGAGCGCGCUCAAGGGCGUGGCGCAGACCAUCAACUACACGUCCGUGGCCCUGCUGCCGCUGCUCUGCUCGCUCUUCGACCACAUCGGGCAGCACCAGUUUGGCGUUGACCUCAUACUGGAUGACGUGCAGGUGUCCUGCUACCGGAUCCUGUCCAGCCUUUUCGCACUUGGAACGGGAAAGAACAUCUACGUGGAGAGGCAGCGGCCUGCUCUGGGCGAGUGCCUGUCGGCGCUGGCCACCGCCUUCCCGGUCGCCUUCCUGGAGCCGGAGCUCAACAAGUUCAAUCCCCACUCCGUGUUCAACACCAAGACGGCACGCGAGCGCGCCAUGAUGGGGCUGCCGGUGCACGUGGAGGACGUGUGCAAGGACAUCCCGUCGCUGGACAAGCUGCUGCAGGAGAUCGGCGAUCUGGCUGAGUCGGGCGCCCGCUACACGGAGAUGCCGCACGUCAUCGAAGUGGUGCUGCCCAUGCUGUGCAGCUACCUGUCGCGCUGGUGGGAGCACGGCGCCGAGGAGGACCCCCGGCGCGCCCUCGAGGAGCCCGUGUGCACGGCCACCACCUCGGAGCACAUGAACGCCCUGCUCGGCAACAUCCUCAAGAUCAUCGUCAACAACCUGGGCAUCAGCGAGGCCGCCUGGAUGAAGCGCAUCGCCGUCUUCGCUCAGCCCAUCAUUGGCAAGGCGAAGCCGGAGCUGCUGAGGAGCCACUUCCUGCCCACGAUGGAGAAGCUGAAACGCAAGACGGGCAAAGUGGUGGCGGAGGAAGAUCGGGUGCGCGCCGAGGCCAAGGGCGACAUGUCCGAGGACGAGCUGCUUGUGCUGGACGAGUUCGCCAUCCUGGCGCGAGACCUCUACGCCUUCUACCCGCUGCUCGUACGCUUCGUGGACUGCGGGAGGGCCAAGUGGCUGAUGGAGCCCAAUGCGGAUGCGGAGGAGCUGUUCUUCAUGGUGGCCGACGUGUUCGUGAUGUGGGCCAAGUCGCCCAACUUCAAACGGGAGGAGCAGAACUUUGUGGUUUCCAAUGAAAUCAACAACAUGUCCUUCCUCAUCUCUGACACCAUGAGCAAAAUGUCAAAGCGUGGAGGCUUCAGAUGGACAAAGGCGGGCGGCGACCGCGAGAGGAAGAAAUCCAAGAAGCGCGGCGAGCGCUACACGGUGCAGACGUCGCUCAUCGUGGCCGCCCUCAAGCGCAUGCUGCCCAUCGGACUCAACAUCUGCGCGCCCGGCGACCAGGAGCUCAUCUCCCUUGCAAAAAACCGCUUCGCCAUGAAAGACACAGAUGACGAAGUUCGCGAUUUCAUUCGCAACAAUCUGCACCUUCAAGGAAAAGCCGACUCCCCGACGGUGCGCUGGCAGAUGAGCCUCUACAAGGAGCUGCCGCACCGCAGGGAGGAGAACGGCGACCCCGAGCGCAGCGUGACGCGCCUGCUCGAGAUCUCCUCCGUGCUCUACCACCUCGAGCAGGUGGAGCUGCCCUACAAGUCCAAGAAGGCCGUGUGGCACAAGAUCCUGUCCAAGCAACGGCGGCGCGCGGUCGUCGCUUGCUUCCGCAUGGCGCCGCUCUACAACUUGCCCAGGCAUCGAGCCAUCAACCUCUUCCUCAGCGGCUAUCAGCGGACGUGGAUUGAGACGGAAGAGCACAGUUUCGAGGACCGGCUGAUCGAGGAUUUGGCUCUGUCAGGCAGAGAGGAGGACGGAGAGAACGAGGACGGUGGGAAGCGGAGAGACCCGCUCCACCAGCUCAUCCUGCACUUCAGUCAUACGGCACUCACUGAGAAAAGGUGCCGCGGAAGAAACAGCAAACUCGAGGAGGAUUUCCUGUACAUCGCCUACGCAUACAUCAUGGCCAAGAGCUGCCAUGCGCAGGAGGAGGAUGAAGAGGGAGAGGAGGAAGUGAAGUCGUUUGAAGAGAAAGAAAUGGAGAAGCAGAAGCUGCUGUACCAGCAGGCACGGCUGCACGACCGCGGAGCGGCCGAAAUGGUGCUGCAAAUGAUCAGCGCCAGCAAGGGUAGUACUGGACCUAUGGUGACUGCCACCCUGAAGUUGGGCAUCGCCAUACUCAAUGGAGGCAACACCACAGUACAGCAGAAAAUGUUGGACUACCUGAAAGAGAAGAAGGACGUUGGGUUUUUCCAGAGCGUCGCAGGCCUCAUGCAGUCCUGCAGUGUGCUGGACUUGAAUGCGUUUGAGAGGCAGAACAAAGCAGAGGGCCUUGGCAUGGUGACCGAGGAGGGAUCCGUUCCCAGACAUCAACGGGCCGACAAGGCGAUGCAGGACGUGGAGUUCACCUGCGACCUCUUCCGCUUCCUGCAGCUGCUGUGCGAAGGCCACAAUUCAGAUUUCCAGAAUUACCUCCGGACACAGACUGGGAAUAACACCACGGUGAACAUCAUCAUCUCCACAGUGGACUACCUGCUGAGGUUACAGGAGUCGAUAAGCGACUUCUACUGGUACUACUCUGGCAAGGAUAUCAUCGAUGAGCAGGGCCAGCGCAACUUCUCCAAGGCGAUCAAGGUGGCCAAGCAGGUGUUCAACUCGCUCACCGAGUACAUCCAGGGCCCGUGCACGGGGAACCAGCAGAGUCUGGCGCACAGCCGCCUGUGGGACGCCGUCGUGGGCUUCCUGCACGUCUUCGCGCACAUGCAGAUGAAGCUGUCGCAGGAUGCCAGCCAGAUCGAGCUCCUCAAGGAGCUCCUGGACUUGCAGAAGGACAUGGUGGUGAUGCUGCUCUCUCUCCUUGAAGGCAAUGUUGUAAACGGCACCAUCGGCAAGCAGAUGGUGGACAUGUUGGUGGAGUCAUCGAGCAACGUGGAAAUGAUCCUCAAGUUCUUCGACAUGUUCCUCAAGCUCAAGGACCUCACGUCAUCGGACACCUUCAAGGAGCACGACCCGGACAGCAAGGGCGUCAUCUCCAAGCGGGACUUCCAGAAGGCCAUGGAGAGCCAGAAGACCUACAGCCCGUCCGAGAUCGAAUUCCUGCUGUCGUGCGCUGAGACGGACGAGAGCGAGCAGCUGGACUACGAGGAGUUCACGGAGCGCUUCCACGAGCCCGCCAAGGACAUCGGCUUCAACGUGGCCGUGCUGUUGACCAACCUGUCGGAGCACAUGCCACACGACACGCGCCUGCAGACCUUCCUGGAGCUCGCCGACAGCGUCCUCAACUACUUCCAGCCCUUCCUGGGGCGCAUCGAGAUCAUGGGCAGCGCCAAGCGCAUCGAGCGCAUCUACUUCGAGAUCACCGAGUCGAGCCGCACGCAGUGGGAGAAGCCGCAGGUGAAGGAGUCGAAGCGGCAGUUUAUCUUCGACGUCGUCAACGAGGGUGGCGAGAAGGAGAAGAUGGAGCUGUUCGUGAACUUCUGCGAGGACACCAUCUUCGAGAUGCAGCUGGCCGCCAAGAUCUCCGAGUCAGACCUGGCUGAGCGCGCGGGGGCGCGGGGAGAGGAGGAGGAGGAGAACAUGGAGGAGGAGGAGCUAGAGUCGAGCUUCUUCUCGGUGACGACGGUGAAAAUGGCCGUGGGCUCCCUGAAGAACAACAGCACGUCGGUUGCCAAGCUGUUCACUGUGAAGAACCUGAAGAAGCAGCUGAAGAAGGCGAAGAAGAUGACGGCCAAGGAGAUGGUGGUGGCGCUCUUCUCCGGCAUGUGGAGCCUCGCGGUGGGGCUGCUCGUCAUGGGCUUCACUGUCGGCCGUGGCUUUUGGAGGAUCACCUUCGGCGGGGGUGGCAGCAUGGUGGAGAACGCCAAGAAGAUGACGGUGACCGACCUGCUGGGCGGCAUGCCGGACCCGACGCAGGACGGCGUGCACGCGGACGGCACCAGCGACAUGCACGACCGCAAGGAGUUCGACGGCAGUGACGACGACCUGCAGAACUCGGCGCUGGCGCUCGUCAACCGCGAGGACGCUGAGAAGGAGUUCUUCACGGGCGUGCUCGGCCUCGACCUGAAGCGCGAGGGCGGCCAGUUCAAGCUGCUCACGCACGACCUCGGCGACCUCGUGCACACGGCCCACGGAGACGACGCGGCGCACGAUCCGGCCGGCGCGGACGCAAAGAAAGGUGAAGAUGGACAUACGGAAGUGAAAACGGAGGUGGAGAAAGCCGAUGGAGAAUAUGGAGAGAAGGAGGACAAGGAGUCCCAGGAGGCUCCGCAGAAGAAGAAAAAGAAAAAGAGGCACUUUGGAUACAGGCACGAUGACCUGGAAGGCGCCGAGUCGGACUUCUGGAAGAAGAUAACGGCGUACCAGCAGAAGCUGCUGAACUCUUUCGCAAGGAAUUUUUACAACAUGAGGAUGUUGGCACUGGUGAUGGCAUUUGCAAUUAAUUUCAUCCUUCUCUUCUACAAGGUGUCGUCGAUGGACGGAGGCGACGAGGGGGGGGGCGACGUGGUGGCUGGGGAGGUGGAGGAGGUGGUGGUGGUGGAGGAGGAGGAUGAGGAUGCCCUGGUACACUUUGUGCUGGAGGAGAGUACGGGCUACAUGGAGCCGGCGCUCCGGAUGCUCGCCAUCGUGCACACGCUCAUCUCCUUCCUGUGCAUCAUCGGAUACUACUGCCUCAAGGUCCCGCUCGUGAUAUUCAAGCGGGAGAAGGAGGUGGCACGCAAACUGGAGUUUGAUGGCCUUUACAUCACAGAGCAGCCAUCUGAGGACGACAUCAAGGGGCAGUGGGACCGCCUCGUCAUCAACACGCCGUCCUUCCCAAAUAACUACUGGGACAAGUUUGUGAAACGAAAGGUUAUGGACAAGUAUGGUGAAUUUUAUGGCCGUGACCGCAUCAGCGAACUGCUCGGGCUUGACAUGGCCGCGCUGGACUUCAGCAGGAGAAAUGAGAAGCCCAAGAAGGAAAGCUCCAUCUUCGCACUGCUCAACUCAAUUGAUGUCAAAUACCAGAUCUGGAAGCUGGGUGUCGUGUUCACGGACAACUCAUUCCUCUACCUGGCCUGGUACAUGACCAUGUCGGGGCUGGGACACUACAACAACUUUUUCUUCGCCGCCCAUCUCCUGGACAUCGCCAUGGGCUUCAAGACCCUGCGCACGAUCCUCUCGUCCGUCACACACAACGGCAAGCAGCUGGUGCUCACGGUGGGGCUCCUGGCCGUGGUCGUGUACCUCUACACCGUCGUGGCUUUCAACUUCUUCCGCAAGUUCUACAACAAGAGCGAGGAUGAGGACGCCCCCGACAUGAAGUGUAACGACAUGCUCACCUGCUACAUCUUCCACAUGUACGUGGGCGUGCGGGCGGGCGGCGGGAUUGGCGAUGAGAUCGAGGACCCGGCGGGUGACCCUUACGAACUGUGGCGCAUGGUCUUCGAUAUCACCUUCUUCUUUUUCGUCAUCGUCAUCCUCCUCGCCAUCAUCCAGGGUCUAAUCAUCGACGCUUUUGGGGAGCUGAGAGACCAACAGGAGCAAGUCAAGGAGGACAUGGAGACCAAAUGCUUCAUCUGCGGGAUGGGCAAUGACUACUUCGACACGGUGCCGCACGGUUUCGAGACGCACACCCUGCAGGAACACAACCUCGCCAACUACAUGUUCUUCCUGAUGUAUCUCAUCAACAAGGAUGAGACUGAACACACCGGACAGGAGUCAUAUGUGUGGAAGAUGUACCAGGAGCGCUGCUGGGAAUUCUUCCCAGCUGGAGACUGCUUCCGCAAGCAGUACGAGGAUCAGCUGUAACAGCCGAGGCACCGGCAAUCGCCACUAGCCACGACGAGCAUCACGAGCACCUCCACCAACAACACCAUCAGCACAUCCACCACCAACUACAGCCGCCAUUCGCCACUAAGUGGCGGUAAAUUCACUUGCAGCGCUUAUGCCAGGCGGGAUGCACUUUGAGACCACGUGAAGUGUCGAAGGCUCGCUGGCAGGUCACGGACAGACCCAGGUGUUAGCGGUUGACUGACAGAGAUGACUGACAGAUGGGCCACCUGUGCUGCUCACCGUGCCAACUUGCCGCAUUUUAUCCACCUGGCGUCCCACUCAUUGUUGUAAGCAUCUCUCCUCCACUCUCCUUUGAUGGAGGGCGACUGCCUCAAACUGCAGACUUCAUGAACUCCCUCCCUUACAGACGCCGAUCUUAGAGAAGAGAGGGGAUAUGGAAGAGAGGGUAUGGCUGGCCGAGAAGACCUGCAGCUUCAUGUGGAGCAAUAGCCAACGUAGCUUCUACACAGGUUACAUCGUGGAUAAAAAAGAUAAUGCUGCUCGACUGAUUAAAAAUGAAACUUCUGCUGCCAAACCAGAACUAGUCAUAAGCACACUGCCCAGGUAUGAGAACUCCCCCACUUUCCACAACUACCCUGUUACUCAUGGGGAGUUGAGGGGGGGGACUACUUGAUAACAAAAUACCUAGGCAGGGGUGAUUUCUUGAGGUGGGGCUGAUGGUAAAGCCCCAUCUUUCCGUGGCAUGUCCGAGGUUCAGAAGAUUGAGCAGCAAUUACCAGAUCGUCAGCCGACUAAUAGGGAGCCAUCCCUUGACUGCACCCGGGCAUCGAUCAGCCUAGCAUUGUACCAGAUGUAAAUUCCUUUGGGAUAGCUAUGGAACGCUUGUUGAACUACGUGGUCAAAAAAUUGUGUUGGGGGCCAGAGGACAGCUCUUGUCUGCACCCCAAGGUGAACAGGAAAUGGCUUCGACUCUCAGCCACGUAACUUUACGUGGCCCUGCCCACCAUCAAUAACUGUCCUUAAUGAUUGUGAGCAGAGGCUCAGGGGACCCUGAACGCAUGAAGAAUAGCCCAAAGCCUGACCAGGUGAAUAAAGCAGAGAUGUAUGUACUGCUGAUACUCGCUCCACCUCGAGAGUAGCAGAUAGGCAAAGAACAUGGCGUCUGUGCAGGAUCACCCAGGUUUGAAACCACAUUGGAGCUCUGUAAGCCUCUCCCUCAGUAUGUCUGGCAAGACGCUGUUUAACAAUUCGUGCCAGGACUUUUCCUGACACACUGAGAAGGGAGAUGCCCUGGUAGUUGUAGCAAUUAGUGCAUUCCCCCUUCUUAAAAAAGGAGGACCGUCAGGGCAUCCAUCCAAUCCUGUGGAACCCGUCCUGUGCUCCAUGCAGUUGUAAUUGUCAUGUACGACAGGCUGUACACAAUCGCCAUUCUCAGCAGUUCACUUGGGAGAUCAUCUAUGCUUGGCGAUGUAUCUGUUCUCAGGCUCUGGAUCUUUCUUCGCACUUCAACACAUGGCAUAUAAAUAAGCCAGCCACCCACAGGGGCUGCACAGAAGUCUGGCGACCUCCUUCCAUUGUUUUUAGCUGAUCUGGCCCAUGCCUCCCAACCACUCCAGCUUGUAUCUUGACCCACUCGGGAAUUAAAGUCGCCCAACAAGAUAAUCUAGGGGGCAAUUUAGCCAGAACCUGGGACAAGUCAUAGGCAUCCGACUUAUCAGCUUUGCCUGCAUCCCUCCUGCAUACCGGUUGGCUUCCUACAGUGUGAAUGAAGUUCAACAUACAUUCAUUAAGUUCAUCUUUGGUAGGGGUGUAAACUACCACCACCGCCACCACCAAUACUCACCCUAUGUAGAUGGGGAGGGGUGAGCCCACAAUAGCCUGGGGCUUGUAGAUCCUACACCUGACCACCACACUCUUCAUUUUAUUCGGAAAGAUGAACCACUCCCUGUUAUUUGACAGCUUCCUACCCCGAGUGUAGGACUGUCCACCUCUCAUCGUCACGAGUCGGAACCAUAACACCCGACCUGUAUUCCAGAGGUCCAGAUAGCAGGCGGUACUGGUCUAGCACCCUCUCCUCCCCAGCCGCAGUGGUUCCCAAUUGUUACUCGAGGAACCCCCAUGGCAGAGUGUUCAGUCUCCUGGCUCCUCCAGACGGGGUUUGGCCAAAAGACGUAGAAGACGCUUCUCCCCCUUGGCACCUACGGCAAAAGCUUAUUGCAGUUUUUUUUGUGUGUGGUCCUUUGGUAAUUUUAUUGAAGGCGAAGGGGUUACCAGCCCAUUGCAUCCUUCCCAAAGCCCCGCCGUUGGCCACACAAACAAACUCCUGCUCGCACACACACAACACUCACUCACUCGUCAUGCCAGGAUUUGCCGGGGCACGCGACUGGUCGUGCAUAGUAUGACUGCAACCGCGUCAGCGAACACCGGCCCAGGUGUGUAUCAGAUACUCACCAACCCACACUGACGAGUGCUUUGAAGUAUGGUCAGUUAACCACCAUGCCUGGCAAUGCGUUGAGAGGGAGAACUUCGCCCAGCAAUGGAUUGACCAAGGCUGAUGAGGAACCAGUUAACGGUGAUGUCACACACUCGAGCACCACGAUACACUCCAACCAAGUAUGCCCAUCACAACCACACUCCAUCGCUCGUUCGUUUGCCCACAGUCCACCUGAUGACUCAUGCCAACUUAUCCAGUCCCUCGCCCAUCCCACACCCACAUCAUGAUGAACUUUUGACGAUCACUCCUAAGCAGUGACAUCACACGAUGUGUGGCUUGUUUGCUUCGUGCAAGCAUUCACUUUUCUUUGCCCUAAGCUUUUAUUUGCGAGACCAUUUUUUUAAAAAUAUAUAUUUACAGAGACAUUUUCUUGAGACUUCAGUUGUCCACGCUGAAGUGACGAUAUUAAGUUUUGCCUGGAGUGAAGAGUUCCAGAGAAACGCUUGUCCUAUGCUGUCAGUAAUUAAUGUUUAUUGCUGUUGAGCGUUUAUAUAAGCGAAACAAUGGAAGAUAGUGCCUUAAAAAGCUAAGGAUGAGCUAUGCAAGGUCAAGACUUAGUAAAGUAACCGAAGAACUCGUAGGCUGUAAUUUACUUGUCUAAUUUCGGUUUUUUUUCUGUACAUGUAAGCGGUGUAAGACAUCUAACUGCUAAUCGUACAUUCGAAUAUCCCAAUAACAUGCUUGUCAUUUUUUAUUUUGGCUGGCUUUAACAUGACAGUCUUCCCAUGAAAUUUUACCAAGUUCACUGUUGUGCGUUUUAAUGCGUUUGUGUGCAAUACUAAAAAUGAGACACCCAUCACAUUACGCCAAAAGUAGGAACGAUAAACAUAUUUUUUUCCCGCGAAGCGAUAGGUUUAACAGCAUUUAACUUUCACGAAAAUAAUGAGACCGAUGCUAUUUUUCAAGCAUUGAUGCGAUUUAAAUGAAUUUAAACAAAGUAUGAAAUUGUAGCCCUGAAUGUGAAUGUGUGGCUGUUCUUGCUAGUCUUUUCAAAACGCUGUAUAAUUGACUUCAUGUAGAAAUUGGCCCAUUUAGUCAGUUUUUGGACAAUGUUAUAUCUUUGUGACGUGUUCGACAGGGAAAACUCGCUUUCAAAUAAAAAAAAUAACAAAAUGGAAGAAUUUGUGAACGGUGUAGACAGCAUCAUAGCACAAGGGAUUGUUUGAAGUUUCAAGCAGAUUCUGAAAUAAAACAUUUUAAACGAA